AUGGUCCAUGCGAGUGACAGCGAGUUCAGCGACGAACUGCCGGAGGCCGUGGAGGAGGCGUGGAUGAAGGACCAGGAGGACAUCAUCGCAGAGGAGAGGCCCGUUGAAGAUAACAUUGAAGAGUCCGUGGAAGAGGACCCCAUGGUGUCAGGGCUCCUCCGAGCAUUUAUUGUCCGGCCUGGUGACGACGAAGACGACGAAUAUGACUUUGGGCCAUUAUCAGCUCGCCCACGUGCCAAAAAACGGACUGACAUUCCAUCGGAGACAGGAGGUGGUGGUUUAGGUAACACACGGAAACUCGUCCAGCCUUUGGCCAAGAGGCCUAGGAUCCCAUGGAAGAAGAUGGAAGAGCAGCACCAUGUUUGUCCAAUGGAUUUCAAACCCACAAAUCCAGGAAUUCAAGUGGACAUCCCUGACGAAUUCGACGAACUGGCAGCUCUGAUGCUGUUCGUGCCCGAUGACUUCUGGGAUACCAUCGCUACAGAGAGCAACAGGUAUUACAGGCAGAAGAAGAAAGCUGCUGUGAAACCUGACAUAACACCCGCGGAGGCUCGCACAUACAUCGGCAUCAUGAUACUGCUCGGCCUAAGCCCCCCACACAGCCUCAGAACACCAUGGAAACGCGACUCUACAUUCAGAAAUGACGUCAUCUCAUCAUGCAUGACAUACUCACGCUUCAACCACAUCCACAGCAACUUUCACCUUGUAGACAAUUCGACACUUCCACCAAAGGACACAAUUGCUUACAAAACAGCCCGUAUAGCUCCACUACUCCACACGCUGAAAGACAGAUACCUCACCGUAUACAAGGCCAAAACUCGUCAACUAUCUGUCGAUGAGGGGAGCAUGGGGUGGAAGGUUAACAGCAGCAUGCGGCAGUAUAAUCCAAACAAGCCCCACAAGUAUCACAUCAAGUCAUACAAACUUGUGGAGACAAGUACGGGAUACUUGUCCAACAUUAUACUGCACGACACAACCUCCCGCACUGUGGAUGAGGUUGUCCUUACACUGCUGGACGAGUCACCCUACAAUAAGCAUGAAGGAUACGCUGUGUUCACGGACAGGUUUUACACCUCACCCGACCUCUUCUGGCACUUGCGAACUGUUGAUGGUUACGACGCAACAGGGACCUGCAUGUCAAAUCGUCAUCAGUUCCCUCCUGAGCUCAAGUGCGCCAAAGGCAAGUCCAAGAAGGGGGAGGUCCACAGCUACAUCGCCACACAUGGAGAUGACAAUUUGGUUGCAAUGCGGUGGAGGGAUGCAAAGGAUGUCUUCAUGUUAUCAACCGAGGAGACUGCUGACCUGAUAGAAUGUGACAGCCAGCGCGGUCGUGUGAAGAAAAUGAAGCCAGCAAUGGUUCCGCUCUACAAUAAGAACAUGGGAGGGGUGGACCUGAACGACUACCUGGAGUCAAAGUACAGCCCAUGCCGUGCCACCAGGAAGAUGUGGAAGAAGCUUGCGAUGUACCUAGUGAGCACAGCAGUCACUAAUGCGUACAUAAUCUUCCGCAUGGUGUAA